AUAUUUUUCGAGGUGUACUUCCACCAAAAGGCAGAGCCUUCCAAAAUUACAGAGAGAGACUUCAAUCAAUCAAUAAUGGCAGAUCCAGUCAACAACAAAACCUCUCGCCACUCUCUCCUCCCAAGCUUCCUCUACUCUUCAUCUUCUUCAAUGGUGGCAUCAGGUUAUGCAUCAUCAACACCGUCAUCAAGGGUGGUGAUUGCAGCGCCUAGAGAGAAGGUGGAGAUGUACUCUGCUGGGUUCUAUGCGGCGUGUGGAGUUGCAGGUAUGCUGGCCACUGGCGUAACCCAUUUGGCCGUCACACCUAUCGAUGUCGUCAAGUGUAAUAUGCAGAUUGACCCAAUUAAGUACAAGAGCGUCACAUCCGGAUUUGGAGUUCUGUUGAAGGAGCAGGGCAUCAGAGGUUUGUUCAAGGGCUGGGCGCCCACCUGGAUCGGCUACAGCGCCCAGGGUGCCGGAAAGUAUGGCCUCUACGAGUUUUUCAAGAAGUACUACACAGACAUUGCAGGCCCAGAGUAUGCAGUCAAGUACAAGACCUUGAUCUACCUUGCAGGCUCUGCAUCAGCUGAAGUCAUUGCUGAUGUUGCCCUCUGUCCCAUGGAAGCUGUCAAAGUUCGUGUCCAAACCCAGCCCGGCUUUGCCAGAGGCUUGACUGACGGGCUUCCAAAGAUCAUCAAAUCCGAAGGCGCUCUCGGGCUGUACAAGGGGCUUGUUCCACUUUGGGGACGUCAGAUUCCUUAUACUAUGGUGAAAUUUGCAGCGUUCGAGAAUACAAUCGAGCUGAUGUACAAGCAUGUCAUCCCAACACCUAAAGAGCAAUGCAGCAAACCUUUGCAGCUGGGGGUGAGCUUUGCCAGUGGAUAUAUUGCUGGUGUAUUCUGUGCUGUUGUCUCACACCCAGCUGACAACUUGGUCUCUUUCCUCAACAAUGCCAAGGGAGCAACUGUUGGUGAUGCUGUGAAGAAGCUAGGGUUAUUAGGUCUUUUCACUCGUGGUCUUCCUCUUAGAAUAUUCAUGAUUGGAACCCUCACUGGAGGCCAAUGGGUUCUCUAUGACGCUUGCAAAGUUUUGGUUGGGCUGCCAACUACCGGUGGUCCUGCUCCCCCCGCCGCCACCGAGCUUGCCAAGGCUUGAAACUGAAGCUGAUGGUUUGUAUAUUAUAAGGUACAAAUUUUGUUUGUAUACUUUUUCUUCAUGCCAUUUACUGCCCGGUUUGAUUGAAAGGGCGAUGUUUGGGGUAAAGUUCCCCAUGGAGGAAUAUGUAACAUAAAAAUAAAAAAUUCCAACUGCUUGUACCUUGAAUUAUGUUAAUGGAGAUAUUCAGUAACAAUU